AUGUCCUCUUACGCCCCUCAUUUGUACGAUCCUUUUGUGAACUUUCCUAUCACAGGCAGACAAGAGGAAACACCCAGCUAUGAAAAGCAAGUCCAUAUGACUAGCAAAGAUGCUAGAUCUGAUUCCCCAUGUAGUGAGAGUGACACAUCGACGAUAAAGCCCUAUCACUCUGGCAACUCUCAAGAACAGGAACAGACCCGCAAACAUGAUACUGUCGAGAAGCCUACAAAUUUGAAUUCCCCAACCACCCAGCCCUCUACCCGUAUUCCUCGUGGACCAGUCUUUCAGAGACAAUGCCAGGCUGUUACUUCACAGAAAGGCGGCCGAGUCAUCUCAGAGCAGCGCAGCUCAAUCCCUAUCCCAAUCCCAGUCCGGAGCCCUGAGCGCCUGAAAAGUCGUUCAAAGACAUCGGGUGAGGGGUUUUCUGGUGGUAUUCGAGUAAUCGAGAAGCCUCGUGGCCCUCGUCCCCACAUUCUGGCUGAGCAGAAGAAAGACUCAGUUUCGAGAUCGGUUGAAGAAGCACCUAAGCUGCCGAAAGAAAGCAUCACGUCUUCCUCAUCACCAUCCGGCGGUUGGGACCUUGGAGAAGAAAUGCCUAAGCGACCAACCAAUGUGUACACUGGUGAAUAUCGUACUCGCCCUACCCUAAGAAUUGCUCCUUCAGCCGAGAAGAUUAUCAUGGGUCCGGAUAGCCCUAGCAGUACGUAUGCAGUCACACAACAAUCGAACCCAGCCCUCGUUCAGUAUCCGGAUACAACUAAACACAGCCUUCAAAAAGGACUUCGUAACACUGAGGAUACACCAGGGACCCCAGGAUACAAACAGCAAGCCAGCAAUACCGCUGAAGACAACCUGGUGACUCCACCAUCCAACCCUCCCCGGAUAUCGCUUGAGACAACGCCAGAGAGGGACACCAGUGGCCGCCAAUUUUCAAUUCCCCGCAAGCCUCUCAACAGCCCAAGCCUAUCAUCUCUUUUCGCCCCCAGCCCCGGAAGUAUGCAGUCUGCCCCUCCCAUACCAAAGCUCCCUGAAUCAUACAAGUUAUUAAUGAAAGGAGGCAUGGCAUCUGGCCCAGUAACUCCGAAAAAGACUACUUCUCCCGGAGCUGAGAAGGUUGGGCAACGUCCAGGAGAGUGUGAAAGUGAGGUGACAACCAAGCCUCAAAACAAACGGACAACGUCACUUCAAACUGCGUCCAACUUCCCCAUUCAUGAUGCACCACACCCAGCCCAGCACAGGACAUUUGACGACAUCGUAUCACAAAGUCCUAGCCAUAAUAUGACACCCCAAAGCGCUAGGAUCCCUGAUUCCCGGAGCAACCGUAUGCUUGAUGGCUUUCGAAAUAUCUUCAAGCAUAGAAGCGCCAUGGAUAAGGAUGAAAAGGGGCCUAACGAAGCAUCUGGCCUUGCAAUCAAAGACCCCAACCCCAGUAGUGCGAAGCUUAUCACAAGUCCCGAAUAUAGCAUGCUCGACUCUGGAAAGGCAGGGCCUAAGGCAAGCGCCAAGCAUCCCAAGUUGUCUGAGGGUUGGAACAAAAACCUGCGCCUCCCUAUACCCUCAGCAGACAGGCAAAAGAGGCCGACAAUCUCGGCCCCCAUCCCCAUAUCCCCUGAAAACAUGCCUUCGUUCGCCCGAUCCACAAUGGCAGCACGCACCAGGGCCGUGACUAGUCCACGUGGAAAAUCAGAUAUCGUUCCUCAAGGUCCGCAGCGCAGAACUCACACAGUGGCUGCCACCACUGGGAGUCCCCAGCACACUCGUCGCCCCAGCAAAGGAACCGAGGCAAUCAUGUCGCCAGUGCCAAAGCAAACUAACCUACCGCAUUCUGCGGGGCUGACUAAACUGGACACUAUCACUUCUCAGACGAAAGCUCCUCAGAUUGAGAGAAGUGCCUCCAGCUCGCUGUCUAAGACUCUGGAAGAGGUCCACUCUUGUGUGGAACAGCUCUGCAACAAAGCGCGGGAUGAAAGCACUCCGAGUAAGCGGGAAAGAAAUCUGCGCUUGGCGCUGUCGUUGCAGCAGCAAGUCAGUAAUUACAACAGCAUCGAGAAAGAAGUCGCAGAGGCUGAAGCAUUGGUGUCCAAGAAACGCGCGGACAAAUGCCUUGCUGAAAACAUCCUGUUCGAAUCAUAUGCCCAGAUUCGGGCUCAAAUGGAUGAGGAUUAG